AUGCAGGCCGCACCAACGCUCUUCACUCAGAACAAAAAGCCCAUGGGCUUCUAUUUGCCGCCCGCCGACAGAAAAGGCGAAAUGAUUAGCCGAAUUGAGGAGCACGGGGGCCAAGUUAAUGCCAAGUGGGGUAAGGAUUUGAUCGUGCUCGUUCCUCCCGACUACUAUGGCAGAGCACCUCCGGGCGCGGAGCCGUUGGAGUCCUACAGGGUCCAGGUUCCACCUUCGCCGGCUCCCUCCGCCAAGACUAAGACCACGGCGACGGCUCCAGCUACGACAACGACACCAAAGACUACAGCGACGAGUGCUUCGCCCUCCGCGGCCAAAGCCUACACCAAAGAGGAGGACGAGACGAUCAAGAGCUACGUGAGCAGCCUCAGUCUCGCGUUCAGCCCCACCGGCACCACGAUCUGGAUGGAGAUGGAGAAAUCAAAGGUGGUGCCGGGUCGCACCUGGCAAUCGCUGAAAGACCGGUAUCUGAAGCGCAUCCUGCCUGUGGAGGAGGCCCUGGGCAGUCUGUCGGCCGCAACCUCGACUUCUUCUUCCUCGACGAGCUCCUCCACCACCUCGGUGGCCGCCAAAGCCUCUCCGCCCAGCACGCCCGUGAGGAAGCAGCUGUUUGGAAAAGCGAACACCCUCGACGUUAGCGAAGAAGAAGAAGAAGACGACGACGAAGAAGAUGAAGAGGGCGAAGAAAAGGAAGCGGAAGAAGACGGCGACGGCGUCGAAGAUGAAGACGAGGGUGAGGACGCUGGGGAGGAGGUGUCUGAUGGGCUGAAGAAGUCACCGAAGCAGCAGCCCAGCGCCAAGAGCAGAACCGUUACCAGCACGCUGACGACCACCAACACGACCACCGCCAAACGGAAAGCCAGCGAGACGCCAUCAUCGGCUGUCGCGAAGACCGCCUCCCCGGCCCCGAAGGACAAGCGGAGAAAGAUCCAAGACGACAGCCAGGAGGAGGAAGUCGAAAAUGGGAAGGCGCCCGACAGCGAAGCUGAAGAAGUGGAGGCUGGGAUGGUAUUAAAGCCCAGCGGCCAGGAGCGAACAGACCGCAAGCCUGGUGGACGAGUCCAGGAAGUCGAACACGUCGUGGCCAGGCUGCAAGAAGAAACGGGCCAGGCCGAAUCCGUCGUGUUCCACGCUCUGGCGGUGGCUUCUGGCGAUCCCGCUCUGGCUCUCCUCUACCUUCGGGGCCGCCAGAUGUGGUACGAGCCGUGGACGCCCGCUGAAGACAAAGAGCUGCAGCGCUCCGGUGCUGGAGGUGUGGCGGCCCGUGCCAAGGCCGAUGUUCGCGCCCGCCGCGCGUUUCUUGGCGUGCACUGA